AAUCAACACUGAUAAUGUUUUUCUAAAUUUCUAAAUGCAAAAUUCCGACAAAAUACGAUAGCAAUGCAAAUAACAACACCUGAUGAUUUGUAAUGCUAGAAUUUACUCGCAACGGUACUGUAUUUGCAUAUUGUAACAGCCACAAGAAGUUGUGAUACAGUACAUGGAAUAUCAAAAUCUGGAAAAGAAACAAAAAUGGGUGACGUGAACAUCAUGUAUAUAAGCAAAUCCGAUGAAUGCAAAGUAAUUAUGACAAACUUUUUGACGUUGUUCAAGAAAAGAACCUAUUUUGAAAAAAUACCAAACAAUGAUGAUGAAAGUAUUGUUCUGACAAAACCAUCAGUACUCGUAUUUAUCAAUCGACCUACGCUUGCUCAAGAAGUUGAAGCAACACUCGGAAAUCUUAAAUCUAAUGGAAAUUUUCUCAUGAUUUUCGUCGUGGCUUGUGAGACUGCGGAUCAAGAAACUCCUAUUCCUGCGUUUACUAUGGAUAGUAAAGUUUGUAUGUGGGCUUUAGUUUGUGGCUGCAAUGAGAACAAGUGUACAGAAACAGAGGAAAAUAUUCGUGCAAAUAUAAUUCUGGACUGUUUUUUAUCAAUCAUUCCUAUUCCCAAACAGGCAAUGAUGGACGUGGAUAAAGAUGCCAAUUAUGUUCGGGUGAUUUGCUGUGGAAUUUCCAAGCAUUAUUACGAGCCUUUUGACAAAUUUAUGACAACUAAAAUGGGGUUUUCUACUCGAUUGGUAGAUGAAAGCAAAAAUUCAAAUCGCACGCCUGUUGUUGGACUAUGUGUCCAAUACGACGAUACCCAAAAAGACAUAAAAGCUCUGGAAAAAAAAAUUGUAGGUAGCCAGGCAACUCUUGUCAUCAUAAUUGAGUGUGCUAAGAACGUACCACCCCCGACUACUCAGCUUUCCUUUAAUGAAACGGUGUUUCCUAAUCUUGUUCGUCUUCUGUACAGUAUAUCAGACCAUGAGUUAUACGACUGCAAGGAAGCAAGAUAUACAGUGGAAUUAUUAAAAAUAAUAUGGAGUGACAAUAGCAUAUUAGGUUCAGAAAGUCCAGGAAAGUCAAAGGGAAAAGGCAUAACCAGAAAAGCUAGCAAUUGUAGGUAUAUUUGCAGUAUUUCAAAAUUUUCAGACGAGCACUUUCUUUACAACAAAAUUCCAAAACAGUUCAGAAUCCAGAGCCUCAGAUGA